AUGAACAUUUCGGCUGUCAGAUCAAUAUUUUCAUUCUUAUCAUUAAAUGCUUUACUCUAGAUAUACGAGAAUCAACCAGUAGAAUUCUGGGACUCUAACUAAAUGAUGUCUCAUCCUAAACUUACACCGAUAUUCUAAUCAAAUUAGUAUAUUAAUUUGUUAGCAGGUUUAGCCACAGUGGUACUUCUAGAUAAGAAACAAAAAUUGCUCAUGAUUAACAGCAUUGUUGCUGGAUCAUCCAUUGUUAUAUAAGAUUUAAAUUUAUUGUUACCUAAAACGUGGAAUAUGAUAACAAUAUACUUCUCGCUUAUUGCACUAAUUGCUCAAUUAUUUUAAUUACUCACAAUUUACUAUGAUAAUAUCCCAUCUACAACAUCAAUUAUAAAAUAAGAUAUUUUCAAAGAAUAAAAACAAAUUAAGAAAUAAAGGAAGAUGGUUUCAAGUAAAAAAAAGGAGUAACCUUAAUUAAAAAAACAAAAAUCUAAAUAAAUCUAUUAAAUUGAAGGAAUAGAACAAUUAUAAAAUGAUAAAUCAGAAAUAGAAUCUAUUGAAAAUGACUUCAAUGAAUUUAUGAAACCAUAAUCUAAUGAUUAAACAUUGACAGAGGUUGAAACUGAAAAUCUGUAUGAAAUCAAUCAUGCCGAUCUAUCAUAAAUAUCAUAAACAAAAGAAGAUCCAAAAUUAACUUUCUAAUUUAAAUUUAAAGGAGAAGUUUCUACUUUACAUUGUACUUUUGAUACAUUUGAUUCAUCUAUGAGCAUUCUGAAUUCAGUAUACACAUAGGAGUAAAUUAAAUAAAUCAAAACACAUUUGCUACUCAAUCUCUAUGAUGAAAAUGAAGAUUGCUCUUGUAGACUCUGGUGUUUAAAGAAGCUUUUAAUUCUUAAUUGA